CUGUUAGCAUUCCCAGCCUGCCUGCUCACUGCUUAACACACUGUUCUCAUUAUUACAUCACUAAUGGCUAAUGUUUCAGAUGUGUUUGUACCUCUGAGUGCAGAUGAGGAAACGAUCGCACUUCAGUCGGAACUGGAGGCUGUGGAGAAGCAGAUCCAGGAUCUACUAGAGAAGCAGGCACGGCUGCGAGAACGUAAAACGGCGCUGGAAACAUCCAGAGCUGACGCUCGCAAAUCCGCGGUAAGUUUUCAUCGCAAUUUUAAUACUCCUUCCACUUCUACUCCGCGUGUUUCUCUGCACAGAGCCCAGGCUUCGAGAACACGGUCAGCAAAAAUGAACUUCACUCCUGCACCGGCACACCCACAGCGAAAGGCACGAGACAGGACUGGAGCGAUAACCCAACCGCCGCCACCGGUCUUCGAGAUCCCGACCAGGAACCGCUUUGCAACCCUCUGCGAGACGGAAUGCAACGCAGUGGUCAUCGGAGACUCAAUCGUCCGGAACGUACGCACUUCCUCCACUAAAGGUAAGGUGCGCACUCAUUGUUUUCCUGGCGCCCGUGUUCUUGAUGUCUCUGCGCAGGUACCUGCGAUCCUGAAGGACAAUGCUAACGUCAGAGCUGUCGUGCUGCAAACGGGGAUGAAUGACAUCAGGAUGAGGCAGUCGGAGAUCCUGAAGAGGGACUUCAGGAGUCUGAUCGAGACGCUACGCAACGCAUCGCCCACGGCGAGGAUCAUCGUAUCAGGGCCGCUUCCUACCUACCGACGAGGGAAUGAAAAGUUCAGUAGACUAUUUGCUCUAAAUAAAUGGUUGUGGCAUGGUGUAUUGAACAGAAGCUGCUCUUUGUUAAUAAUUUUGAUCUGUUCUGCGAGCGACCUAGGUUCUUCCGCCCUGACGGCCUGCACCCCAGCAGCAUCGGAGCGGUUCUUCUGUCUGACAACAUCUCAAAGACGCUACGCACCGCUUGACUACGUCUCCCAGCGGGAGAGAUUCCGCCAGGCCCAGAUGAACGUCAUAUGCCCAUCCACAACUAGAGAUUACGCCAGCUACAUCGGAAAAUCCCGUACCAUCCUCCUGCGAGAACCUGAGGACUGACUGACCAUCCCAGCUCCAUCCAAGGCAAUUCCAUCACCACCCAAGAAAAAGGCGACCAUCUGGCCGGCCCAGCUCAAACAAUUCCAUCCCCAACCGAGAGCAAAGACGGACUACCUGUCACAUAAAUGCUAAAUUUACAAUACUUGGUAUUUAAUGCUAAACUUACAUCACAUGACAGCAGUUUGAAGUUAUGGCUGCACUCAGUGACUUUGAUUGGAGGUAGCUGGGUGGGUGUUGUAGGGAGUGGGGGGGCUUGUUGGUUGUGGUUCGGGGCGUUUCAUUUGUUGGGACUGUGUGGGUCUGGUCUGGUUGGUCUUGUUUUGUUGUCGAUGUCGGACAACAGAGGAAUAAAGUUAAUUAUGCCAUUACUACUUUUCCCUGGUUGUUCCUCUGUUGUCUGUUGUUGAUCGCGGAAUGGGACCGGGUUGGACCUGCACGGUUUCGGCGGGUGGGGCUUCCUGGGUCGCGGCUCGUGGGCUCUCCCUGUUCUUCGUGGACGUUGC